AUGGAUUUCGAGGCGCUCAAGGAGCAAUGGAGUGAGGUGGAGGAUCGAGAUGGUGUGCGGUUGAGCUGGAACGUGUUCCCCAGCUCACGUAUGGAAGCAUCAAGGCUCGUGGUACCCAUCGGUGCCCUCUACACGCCGUUGAAGGAAAAGCUCGACACACCUCUCCUGCAAUUCGAGCCGGUAACCUGCAAGCAGCCUUGCAGGUCUGUCCUCAACCCUUUCUGUCAAGUCGACAUACGUGCCAGGGUUUGGAUAUGUCCAUUUUGCUUGUCGAGAAAUCAGCUUCCACCUCACUACAAGGACAUUACCGCGAAUGCCAUACCUCCCGAGCUCCACCCGGCGAAUACAACUAUCGAGUAUCGCCUGUCUCGACCCGCCCCGACCCCUCCCAUCUUCCUCUAUGUCGUGGAUUUGUGCCAGGAGGAGGACGGCCUGAGCUCCUUGAAGGAGUCGCUGGUGAUGAGCUUGAGCUUGCUGCCAGAGAAUGCUCUCGUAGGCCUCGUCACCUUUGGCACGAUGGCCCAAGUACAUGAAAUUGGCUAUGAUGGAUGCGCCAAGUCAUAUGUAUUCCGGGGCAGCAAGGACUACUCGGCGAAACAGGUUCAGGAAAUGCUUGGCCUGACGUCUUCGAACGUACGACCCGGUGCGCAACCACAGCCGGGCCGUCAGAUGCCAUCGGGACCGGCAUCCCGCUUCCUCCUUCCCGUCCAGCAAGCUGAAUUUCAGCUCACAAAAACCCUGGAGACCCUUCAGAAAGACCCAUGGCCUACUGCCACCGAUCAUCGCAGCCUCCGAUGCACUGGUGUGGCCCUCAGUGUCGCCGUCGGCCUCAUGGAAUCGUCAUUCCAUGACGCCGGUGGUCGCAUUAUGUUGUUCGCAGGUGGCCCAGCCACAGAAGGGCCAGGAAUGGUUGUUGGACCCGAACUCCGUGAGCCUAUUCGAUCGCACCAUGAUAUCGACAGAGAUAACGUCAAGUACUUCAAAAAGGCUCUUAAGUUUUAUGACAAUUUGGCAAAGCGAACUGCCCACAAUGGUCACAUUGUUGACAUCUUUGCUGGCUGUCUAGACCAGGUCGGUCUGCUUGAGAUGAAGGGGCUUUGUAACUCUACAGGUGGCCACAUGAUCUUGACGGACAGUUUCACCUCCUCCAUGUUCAAGCAGUCAUUCAUCCGCGUUUUCGAAAAGGACGGGGAUGACAACCUUCUUAUGGGCUUCAACGCAGUCCUGGAGGUGCUGACAACCAAGGAACUCAAGGUCACAGGACUCAUCGGGCAUGCUGUAUCUCUCAACAAGAAAUCUGUUUCUGUUGGCGAAACAGAGUGUGGCAUCGGAAACACGUGCUCAUGGAAAAUGUGCGGAAUCGACCCAAAAGCCAGCUACGGUAUAUACUUUGAGGUCGCAGGCCAGGGACCUGUGUCCCAUCAACAGCCUUCCCAGAAAGGGAUGAUGCAGUUUUUGACAUACUAUCAACAUUCCUCUGGCCAGUUUCAUCUUCGGGUUACAACAAUAGCCCGAAGCUUAAGUGGCCCUGCGGGUGAUCCGGCUAUUGCCCAAUCCUUUGAUCAGGAGGCAGCAGCAGUUCUGAUGUCAAGAAUUGCCGUCUUCAAGUCGGAAGUUGAUGAUGGCCCAGAUGUAUUGCGGUGGGUGGACAGAAUGCUUAUUCGCCUCUGUUCAAGAUUUGCGGACUAUCGAAAAGAUGAUCCGUCGUCCUUUCGGCUGGAAAAGAACUUCACCCUCUACCCACAGUUCAUGUUUCACCUUCGCAGGAGUCAGUUUCUGCAGGUCUUCAACAACUCGCCUGAUGAAACCGCUUUCGACCGUCAUGUACUGAACCACGAGGAUGUCAGCAACUCGCUUGUCAUGAUUCAGCCAACACUGGAUUCGUAUACGUUUGAUCAGGACGGAGGAAUGCCGGUUCUCCUGGACUCAGCUUCUAUCCAACCCACACAUACGUUGCUUCUUGAUACCUUUUUCCAUAUCCUGAUUUUCCAUGGCGAGACUAUUGCCGAAUGGCGGAAAGCGGGAUACCAGGACCAGGAAGGCUAUGAGAACUUCGCUGCAUUGCUAGAGCAGCCAAAGGAAGAUGCUCGAGAUCUUAUUACCGACCGGUUUCCCUUGCCUCGUUUCAUUGUCUGUGAUGCCGGGGGCUCCCAGGCUCGCUUUCUCCUUUCAAAGCUGAAUCCAUCCACGACGCAUACAACGGGUCCUUAUGGCGGCACUGGGGCAACCUCGGCUCAAACUAUCUUCACCGACGACGUGUCCCUCCAGACAUUCAUGGACCACCUGAUGAAGUAUGAUUUGAUUCAACCUCUUUCGAAGUCAAAGGCUGUACAGACCUGGCUAACCUCUCCUCUCGCGUUAUAG